UGAAUAGGAAAAAAAAAGAGAAAAAACCAAACUUGGGGUUUUAGGAACUCUCUCUCUCUCUCUCUCUCUCUGUAUCUCUAUUCCUCUGUUUCUAUUUUAUAUAUUUAAUCUCAUAACAAGGCUUGGCUUGCUCUUUCUGUGCAGCGAGAUCUCUGAUCAGGGCCUCGUUUUGGAAUGUUCUUCAGAUGCUUGUUUCCUUUGGAUCUUAGCUGAAAACUGCGUUCAUUGUUUCUCUGAUGAGGUUAGGCACUUCUAGUUGCAUGGAAGAGCAAAAUCACUAGAUCUAGCGUGCAUAUGCAUUCAAAACGUUCUGGUCAAGGAGAUGGGCCUGUAUCUAGGCCAGUCCGAACUAGUGAUAGACUCAGGAGAAGGCCAAAAGUUUAUGGUCGGACAUAUUUGUAUUACACUCCAACCAUCAUUCGCCCUAGGAAAAGUAAACCUAAGACGAGGACAGCUGCUUCUCGAAUUGCCAAGAUGCUGUGUCCAUCGAAUCGGCCAGCACGAAGUCCAAACAAUAAUUCAGGUGCUUCCAAUCUUCGACGCUCGACUCGAAAGAGGAGGAUUUCUGUAAAUCUUGAAGAUUAUACAGAUAGUUCUGGAUCAGAAGAUGAAGACUUGAUGAAACCAACGUUUCGAAGAUUGAGGAACCGCAUUGACAAUAGUGUUAGUCAAGAUGAGUUAUCAUCUCCAAAGCGUAAAAAGAUUGCGGAGACUAGAUCAACACCUAGACGUGAAGGACUACGGCCACGUAGGUCAAAGACAUUAGCACGAGAAAAGUUGAAUUUAGAAUCUGGUGAUGAGCAAGAUACUUUUGACAACAAAAUUAUCGAAGAUGAGACUGAAAAUGGGAACGAAAUUGAUGAUAAUGAUGCAGAUGAUGGUCAGAAUGAUGGCGAGGCUGAGGAUGAGGGUGAUGGAGAGGGUGAGGAUGAAGGAGAUGAAGAUGGUGAUGACGAAGAAGGCGAAGAAGAGGAAGAAGAAGAAGAAGAAGAAGAACAAGAGGGAAGAAGGAGGUAUGAUCUCCGAAAUCGUGCUGAAGUUCGUAGGCUUUCUAUGGAAGAAGGUAAACAAAGGCCUCGGUCUCCACGAAGGGUAUUGCAUCAAGGAAUAGGGACUAGGGUUAAUAGGGAUGUAAGAAAGGGUGGAUCACGAGUUCACAAGCGCCAUCGUAUAACGAGAGCUGAAGAUUCUGAUGACUCCCUUCUUGUGGAUGAGCUAGACCAAGGUCCUGCUAUUCCUUGGGCUCGAGGAGGGAGCAGAUCUGGUCCGCCUUGGCUCUUUGGGGGACUAGACAUGCAUGGAACAACAGCAUGGGGACUGAAUGUUGCGGCAUCUGGUUGGGGUCAUCAGGGUGAUAAUAUUGCUGCAUUGACUUCUGGGAUCCAAACUGCUGGGCCAAGCUCUAAGGGAGGGGCAGAUAUCCAACCUUUACAAGUUGAUGAGAGUGUAAGUUUUGAUGACAUAGGUGGGCUAUCAGAAUAUAUCGAUGCUUUGAAGGAAAUGGUUUUCUUUCCCUUAUUAUAUCCAGAUUUCUUUGCUAGUUAUCACAUUACCCCACCAAGGGGGGUUUUGUUAUGUGGACCUCCUGGCACUGGGAAAACAUUGAUUGCCAGAGCAUUAGCUUGUGCGGCUUCAAAAGCUGGUCAGAAGGUUAGUUUUUACAUGCGUAAGGGUGCUGAUGUACUUAGCAAGUGGGUAGGUGAGGCUGAAAGACAAUUGAAAUUGCUUUUUGAGGAGGCACAAAGAAACCAGCCAUCCAUAAUUUUCUUUGAUGAAAUAGAUGGUCUUGCUCCUGUGAGGUCUAGCAAACAAGAGCAGAUUCACAAUUCUAUUGUUUCCACUUUGCUUGCCUUGAUGGAUGGUCUAGAUUCACGCGGACAAGUUGUUUUGAUUGGAGCAACCAAUAGAGUUGAUGCCAUUGAUGGAGCCUUGCGUCGGCCUGGUCGGUUUGAUCGUGAAUUUAAUUUUCCUUUGCCUGGGUGUGAAGCUCGCGCUGAAAUACUAGACAUCCACACUCGGAAGUGGAAGCAGCCUCCUUCAAAAGAACUGAAAUCAGAACUUGCAGCUAGUUGUGUUGGAUAUUGUGGUGCUGAUUUAAAGGCACUAUGUACUGAAGCUGCCAUCCGAGCUUUCCGUGAAAAAUAUCCUCAAGUGUACACAAGUGAUGAUAAGUUUCUGAUUGAUGUUGACUCAGUCAAGGUUGAAAAGUAUCAUUUUAUUGAAGCCAUGUCUACAAUUACCCCUGCUGCCCACAGGGGUGCUGUUGUGCACUCUAGGCCAUUGUCUUUAGUAGUUGCACCAUGUCUGCAAAGACAUCUGCAGAAGGCCAUGGAUUUUAUUUCCAAUAUAUUCCCCCCCCUUGCAUUGGCAUCAGAGUUUACCAAGCUUUCUAUGCUUUCAUAUGGAUCUGCAAUUCCUAUUGUGUAUAGACCACGGCUUCUGAUGCUUGGUGGUGAAGGUUCUGGCCUGGAUCAUCUUGGGCCUGCAAUUUUACAUGAACUGGAGAAAUUCCCUGUUCAUUCUCUUGGACUUCCAUCUCUUCUUUCAGACCCCAGUGCAAAAACACCAGAGGAAGCAUUGGUGCAUAUAUUUGGGGAAGCGAGGAGAACAACACCUUCGAUCCUUUAUAUACCUCACUUCAAUCUUUGGUGGGAUAAUGCACAUGAACAGCUGAGGGCUGUGCUAUUGACUCUAUUAGAAGAAUUGCCAUCUGACUUGCCAAUAUUGUUUCUGGGAACUACUUCAGUUCUACCUACUGAAAGUAUAGAGCUGCAGCAUGCAGUAUUUCCUCAACGAUCCAUCUAUGAAGUGGGCAUACCAUCAACUGAAGACAGAUCUUUGUUUUUUGAACGUUUAAUUGAAGCUGCUUUAUCAGUCUUGUUGGAGGGUGCGACCAAGAAAUCCCAAGAAUCAGAAUCCCUUCCUGAACUUCCCAAGGCACCAAAAGUGGCUAGUGGCCCAAAGGCCUCAGAGUUAAAAGCUAAGGUAGAAGCUGAGCAGCAUGCCCUUCGUCGAAUGCGGAUGUGCCUCAGAGAUGUUUGCAACCGGAUAUUGUAUGAUAAGCGGUUUAGUGCCUUCCAUUAUCCUGUCACAGAUGAGGAUGCUCCAAACUAUCGCUCAAUAAUCCAAAACCCUAUGGACAUGGCUACUUUGCUGCAGCGUGUUGACUCUGGUCAGUAUAUUACAUGUUCAGGAUUCCUGCAGGAUUUCGAUCUCAUUGUGACCAAUGCAAAGGUGUAUAAUGGAGAUGAUUACAAUGGUGCUAGGAUUGUCAGUAGAGCUUAUGAACUUCGGGAUGCAGUGCAUGGAAUGCUGUCACAGAUGGACCCUGCACUUGUUGCCUUCUGUGACAAGAUUGUUGCUCAAGGGGGUCCACUUCAUGUGCCAGAUGAUUUAGGGGGAUCUAUCUUUCCUUCAACCCCAGUGGUGCAGUUGGGAGCUGUUACCAGAGCAAGUGCUCGACUCCGCAAUGUCCAGCCAGAGGUUAAUCUGGAUCAAAGCUAUGAGGCUUUGAAAAGGCAGAAGAAAAACAUUGAUGUUGCACAUGCAGCUUCAACAGCAGAAGACAAAUCACGAAACAUAGAUCCAGCACAAGCAGCAAAACCAUCAGAAGAACCAGGGACAAAUGACAUUAAUUUUGAAAAGCCAGAAUCCUCAUCUGCCAAUGGCAAUCAGCAUGAAACUUCUGGAGAAGCUUCUAGUGAUGCUGAAGGGAGUGGCUCCCAAGAUGUUACUAUGUUGGAUGCUGAAAUGUCAAGCCAUGUGGAGUACAUCAAGCGGCUUUUUAUCGAGCGCACAGAAAACUAUGGCAUUCCAGAGCUUGAAAGGCUGUACACGCGCAUAAUGAAGGCCAUUUUUGAAUCCAAGGACACAGUUGAAGACGACCCUAAGUACUCAAUUUUGAAGGUUUUGGUGAAAUUUGCUGAGGACGAGGCAAAUUUCUGACCUUCUCUCAAUAGGAAAAAAAAAAAAAAAAAGAAGUGAUAGGAAAAGGAAAAAAAAUUCUUGCAGUUAGUUGAUGUAAAGUCGGGAUUUUCUUUUCUUUCAAUGGAAAAUUAUUGAGUGUAAAA